AUGCCGCGUAUUAGCGAAUUUUGGAAGCAUUUUACAAAAUUAUCAUCGUCUGCCGCCAAAUGCAACCAUUGUGGUAAUGUGCUCAAAACUUCGGGAAACACUUCAAAUUUGAAAUGCCACAUGCAAAGUGUGCAUGGGGAGUUGUUGACUGCAAGCAGCAGUGCAAAGUCUGUUUCUAAUGUGAAUUCUGUGGCCAGUAAAAAUUAUAAGCAAACAACUUUAGUUGAAGAUGACGAGGAUGAAGCAUUACUCUCUUCACUUUUACCUUCAACAUCACGAUCCUCAAGCUGUUCAAAUUUGUCAUCGGUGCCUUCCCAACAAUCCAUAGUCUCGGCAUUUCAGCAUGUAAAAGAUUACAAAUCUGGGGGAAAGAAAAAUGAAAAAGUAUCCCAAGCAAUUGUUUUCAUGAUAUGUCGUGAUAUGCAGCCCAUAAGAACUGUGGAAAGACAGGGUUUUUUGAAAUUGAUGAAAGUUUGUUCGCCUCUUUAUGUCGUUCCAAGCCGUUUCACAAUAAAGAGAAUGAUCAAUGACAAAUUUGUAGCACUACAACAUGUUUUGAAGGAAAAGUUGAGAGAAAAAUAUGUAACAAUUACCACUGAUGCUUGGACUGACAUCCAGAUGCGCAGUUAUUUGAGUGCUACUGCCCGUUUCAUUGAUAAAGGGGACAAACUGUAUAAUGGGAAUCUGGGGCUAAUACCACUGGAUGAAAGCCACACGGCUGAAUAUCUGGCCUCUAAAUUAAAAGAUUUAUUCUCGGAUUGGGGUUUAACUGAAGAAUUCAUUGUUGCAAUUGUCACCGAUGGGGCACCCAAUAUUGUUAAAGCGGCACAUUUGGCAGUCGACCCAAAAAAGCAUAUACAUUGUUUCGCACACAAUCUCAACUUAGUUGGUCAGCGAGCUAUAGAACGUUCCGGCGAUGUGCAAGAGCUAGUGGAUCAUAUAAAGAGGAUUGUGAAGUGGUUUAAACAUAGUGUGGUUGCAAGCGAUCAACUUAGAAAGUUAAAUGACAAAAAACUCAUUCAAAGUGUGCCAACACGUUGGAACUCUACACCCAGAAAAAA